UCAAGCCUCUGGCAGGAUGGAAAGAGGAGAAGAAGCUCCUGUGCCUGGAACUAUGUGGAAUGGCUAUUUAAGCAAUUUCAGUCAUGGGACCACAGGAGGCAGCCACUGGACAAACACAAGCUCAGGAGUGACAGCAGCAACCACAGACACGUGGCUGGAUGCUGCCAAUUCGAGUGAGUACCCGUACGAGUACCUGGAUGAGGAGGAUUAUGGGCUCUAUGGCCUCUGCACCAAAGAGGAGGUGCUGUCCUUCAGCAGGGUGUUCUUGCCAUCAUUUUACACUGUGAUCUUCCUGCUUGGAAUGGCUGGGAAUGCUCUCCUGUUUACUGUCCUCCUCAUGUACAUCAAGAAGAAGAAGAAGAUGACUGAGUUGUAUCUGCUGAACCUGGUGGUUUCAGACUUCUUCCUGCUACUGACCCUUCCUUUCUGGGCUCUGUACAUUUCUCAGUGGGUCACCUGGGACAUCUUGUGCCCAUUCUUAAAUGCCAUGUACACUCUGAACUUCUACAGUGGCAUCUUCUUUGUGAGCUGCAUGAGCCUGGACAUGUACCUGCAGAUAGUUCAUGCUUGGUCUCCUCACAGCUCCACAGUAUGGAGAAAUUCCAUCCUCAUCUUGUUGGUGAUGUGGGUCCUUUCCAUAGCUCUUUCCAUUCCUGAUGGCCUUUUCACCAGCACAAGGCAAAUGCACAACAAAACCAUCAUGUGCACCCAGGAUUAUGGCCAGAAACAUUUAUUUUGGAAAGUUGUCUUUCGGGUGAUUCAAAACAUCCUGGGAUUCCUUUUCCCCUUCCUCUUCAUGACCUUCUGCUACUCCCGCAUUGCCUGUGUGCUCACCACCUCCCAGAUACCUGGCUCCAGGAGAGCUCUCUGCUUAGUCCUUACUCUGGUGGGGGUCUUCUUUGUGCUGUGGUGUCCUUACAACAUUGUGCUCAUCCUCCACUCCCUGCAAGAUGUUGGUGUGAUCAGGAGCUGUGAAAGCAGCAGGAAUCUGGACUAUGCCCUGCAGGUCACGGAGAGCUUGUCCUUUGUCCACUGCUGUCUCAACCCCUUGCUCUAUGCUUUUGUGAAGAAACGGUUCAGGGCAUAUUUGAGGAAGAUCCCUCAGGCCAUUUUUAGGAGAGGUGCUUUCUUUUCCAUCCAGGACUCCCAGACGAGCCCGUCUUGCAGCAGAUAUGCAGCUGAGAUAGAAAUGUUGAGCAUCACAAAUGCCUCAUAAAUAUUUGCAUUAUUUACAUUAUUUACAUUAUUUACAUUAUUUACAUUAUGUGUGAGCCCUCUGUCCUGCCCAUGAUGGAGUUGGUGUGAGCCCACAGCACUGUGUAACCAGAUAGUUCAUCCCAGCAACAGCCUUGAGAUGAGGACUUUACAUAACUGGGAUUGGAAAAGUACAUGUGGGAUCUGUUUCUGUUGCAAGUGGAAUUAUUAUGAAAGAAUUGUCCUGGAUUUACACUAGUGGAAGAAACCCAGUUCCCAUCUGGAGUAUGUGAGGCAGUAGCAAAUAAAGGAUCAGAUUUCUCAAUGUUUUGCCUUUAAAAAUGCAAAUUAAAACUUGAGGAGAGAUUCUCCUCCUCCCUGGUGUGGGCUGAGGAAUGGAAUUCCAUGCUCAUCCAUCAGGCCAGAAAGACUGCCAAGGGAUGGCUUUGCUUCUCCUGGCUCUUACCAUCUGCCAGAUGAUUUAACCAGGACAAUCUUGUUUCCUACCAGGAGAUAAACAGGAAGGACUGGACAACUUUAAGCUGAGUUGUUCUCUGUCAUGAUGAGCUGUGCCUGCUGAGCAGGGAACUGUGGCUCUCCAAGGGGCAGAGCCUUGGUUAGAGAUCAGUUUGAGCAGAACAAAGUUCAGACCAGUAACAAUCAGUGAGAAAGAGAUAAAAAGGGGCUCAGCAGAACAGUGGUGGAGGUACUUGCCUUCCAAGAUCCGGUCUGACAAGAUAAAAAAGAACCAUGGGUACCACCUGUAACACAAAUAAUGGCUUUGAAACACAACAGAGUGAGAGCAUGGCCUGAACAGAAGACCACAGAGGCCUGAUGGUCAAUCCUUAUUACCCAGUGCAGCUCUGAAGUUCAAGGUUCUGAGUUUGCUGACUUUUAUUUAAAGGCAUUAUUCACCCCAAAUGCUCCUGAACCUUAAAUGGUCUCUUUUCGUCCUGAGAAUCUAUUAAGUCUGGAAGUUGCCUAGAGUUGUACAAAUAAAAUGAUUAAUUUAAGAGAAAGCACUCAUCACAUUUAUUUUAUUACUACAUAAGGUUACAGG